AUCUCACCCAUAAAUCCGCAGUGAGAGGAGCCCUCCCUUCCCACAGCGGAGGUGACACAGUGCACAGACGGCUGGGGCUGGAGGUUGAAGCCCCGUUCCCAGCCUGGGAUGCCAGCAGAGGGCACAGGGAUGAGAGUGGCCGUGGUGGGCGCGGGUGUCACCGGGCUGACAGCCACCAAGUGCUGCCUGGACGAGGGGCUGGAGCCCACCUGCUUCGAGCAGAGCCAGGACAUCGGGGGGCUGUGGCGCUACACGGAACACAUCGAGGCCGGCCGGCCAAGCCUUUAUCCAUCAGUCAUCAGCAACACCUCCAAGGAGAUGUCUGCCUUCUCCGACUUCCCCUUCCCUGAGCACUUCCCGGUGUUCCUGCCCAACGCCCUGCUCCUGGACUACCUGCGGCGCUACACCGAGCGCUUCGGCCUGCGGGAGCGCAUCAGGUUUGGGACCACCGUUGUCAGCAUCCGUAAGCGCCCCGACUUUGCCACCACGGGCCAGUGGAACGUGGUCACGGAGGCGGGUGGGAAGCAGACAUCAGACGUCUUCGAUGCUGUUAUGGUUUGCACCGGCAAUUUCUCGGAGCCGUCCCUGCCCCUGCAGUGUUUUCCUGGCAUCGAGAGGUUCCAAGGGCAGUACUUCCACAGCCGGCAGUACAAGCAUCCUGACGUGUUCCAGGGCAAGCGUGUCCUUGUGGUGGGCAUGGGCAACUCGGGAGUGGACAUCGCAGUGGAGGCCAGUCGUGUGGCUGCCAAGGUGAGCAUUAGCACCACUCGAGGAGCCUGGCUGUUUAGCCGUGUGUUUGAGCACGGCUACCCGUGGGAUAUGGUUUUAAACACUCGCCUCAUGAGCCUGAUCAAGACCAACCUCCCCGGACCCCUCGCAUGGUGGUUGAUCAAUCACAAGGUGAACCAGCGGUUCAACCACGAAAACUAUGGCCUUCAGCCAGAGAAGAGAUGGCCGGUGCGUGAGCCCGUGCUGAACGAUGACCUCCCAAGCUACAUCCUGACAGGCAGGAUCACCAUCAAGCCGGGCGUGAAGGAGUUCAAGGACAACUCAGUCCUUUUCCACAACUGCCCUGAGGAGGAGCCCAUCGAUAUUGUUGUCUUCUGCACGGGCUACAUGGUCUCCUUCCCCUUCCUGGAAGAAUCCGUCGUCAGGGUGGAAAACAAGCACGCGUCCCUCUACAAAUACGUGUUCCCAACCCACCUGGAGAAACCCACCCUGGCUGUCCUUGGGCUGAUUAAUGCCUUAGGAGGCAUCAUGCCCAUAGUAGAGAUGCAGGCACGCUGGGUGAGCCGUGUCUUCAAAGGCUUGUGUCAGUUGCCUUCCCAGUCUGUCAUGGAGAAGGAAGUAAAUGAGAAGAAGAAAAACCAAGUCCAGUGGUUUGGUCUGACCUUUGACGAAGUCCUCAAAACCGAGUGGCUGGUCUACCUGGACACUCUGGCCUCCUUCAUCGGUGCCAAGCCCAGCGUGCUGGGGCUGCUCUGCACAGACCCUUGGCUGGCCCUCACCAUCUUUUUUGGCCCCUGUUCCCCCUACCAGUACCGCCUGAGGGGUCCUGGGCGCUGGCAGGGGGCACGGCAGGCCAUCCUCACCCAGUGGGACCGCGUCCUAAAGCCCACAAGAACACGAGUUCCUGCUGGCUCCUCCAGCUUAUUCCCUUCUCUCCUGGCUGUGGUGGGAUUCCUUCUGCUCCUGGCUGCUGUGAUUUUUGGUUUCCAAUAGCUUUUAGAGUGUGGUUGUUUGUUGUUUGUUUGGGUUUUGUGUUUUGUUGUUGUCCUGAGGGAUGUUAGGUCAGACAGUGUGCCACGGGACUGGGGAAAAGGAUUUCAGGAGAUGGCAACAAAAUUUAACCUGCAGCCCUCAGCAUAAACCUCCCUGUGCUCCAGCUCAACCCCAAGCACAGCUUUGCAGACCUCAUUAGCCAGGGAUGGCAGCCUUGCCCAAGUGUCUGUUGCCCCUCUGCUCCCCUGCCUGCUGCCAGGAGCAGGGAUUGAUGGCCUGGACCACACAAGACAGGAUGCAGUGAGGACAAGACCAGCAAAAGUGGUGGUGUGUCACAGGAGCAAAAGCACCCAGGAAUUAUCUGGGCUGCAUGCACAGCUCAGGCUGUCCCUUUCUCCAAACCUAAACACUGUGACCCCCAAAAUCCCAGUAGAACUGGUGAAUCUUGAAUUGGUGCUGGGAGGUUUGUCACACUUGAGCCUGUGGGCCUAAGCGUUCCUAGCUUUGCUCCCCUGCAUGCCCCACCACUGGACAAUCCUGAGGCUUUAUUUUUGUGCAUGGAGAGACUUGAAAUGAAUAAAAUCUCAGUGGUUUUGGCAUGA